GUGGCCAGGCGCGGCCCCGCCCACCCCGCGGAGCGGAGCGGUGGCGGCGGCGGCGGCGGCGCCGGCAGCGUCGCAGCGCCUGGCGUCGGCUGGGCUGGGCGGUCGUGGCGUGGCGGCGAUGAAGGGCGCCGUGAUGCAGGAGAGCUUCGGCUGCGCCGUGGCCAACCGCUUCUGCCAGCUGCUGGACGACGACUCCGACCCCUUCGACAUCCUCCGCGAGGCCGAGCGCCGCCGGCAGCAGCGCAAGCAGCGCGGGGAGGCGGCGGCGGCGGCGGCCAAGAGGGGCGGCGGCGGCGUUGGCGUUGGCGGCCGUGGGGGCGCCGUCAGGAGGGAGUCCCAGAAGGAGCGCAAGCAGCAGGGCGGCCUCGGCAGCGCCGCGCCGCAGCCCGGCCAGAAGCGAGCCCCUAAACAAGGAGAAGAGCAAGGAUGGAAUGACAACAGAAGAGCAGAGAAACAAGACAAAACUGAAUCGAGACCUUCUUUCAGGGAAUACCGUUCCUAUGAAACAGAAAGGCAAACAGAAUUCACAUCUGAAAGAUCAGGUGAAAGAGUAGACUAUGAAAGACCAAGAGGUCGUGGAAGAGGAAGAGGUGGAAUGCGAGGCAGAGGAAGAGGUAGUGGAAUAAGCAGAAGUUUUGAUGGAUUUGACCAAAGAGGAAAGCGGGAAUUUGAAAGACAAAGUGGCAAUGAUAAAACAGGAGUGAGAGCAGUUGACAAAAAGGGUGGAAGCGGAGCUCGCAACUGGGGAACAGCUAGAGAUGAUAUGAGUGAGGUGGAACAGACUGCUCCUGUGGAAGAGACUGCAGAAACAGCUCAGCAGCAAGGGACUACUGAAGGAGAGCCUCUAAAAAAAGUUGCUGAAGGGGAGCCAAUUGAAGAAGUAGUUCAAGAAAUGACGUUAGAUGAGUGGAAAAAUCUUCAGCAACAGAAUCGACCAAAGCCUGAAUUCAACAUCCGGAAGCCAGAAUCCACUGUUCCUUCCAAAGCAGUGGUGAUUCACAAGUCAAAAUAUAGCGAUGAUCUGCAAAAGGAAGACUUUGAAGAUGAUUCUCAUGUCUUUCGAAGAGCGGUGAAUGACAUAACAUCUCAGCUGGAUAUUAACUUUGGGAGUCUUCCUCGCCCUGGCCGUGGAUCAAGAGGAGCACGAGGUGGUCGUGGUAGACGAGUUGAAGAGAUGGGACCUCGACCAGAAGUAAUGGUGCAAAUUGUUGCUCCAAAUCCUGAUGAUCCUGAGGAUUUUCCUGCUUUAGCGUGAAGGAGCUAUCAUGAAUGGUAUUAUCAGCAUAGCUUUGGUGUAGCCUGUGAAGAGGCCAGCUCUGCUCUGGUGUGGAAAAGAAGUCUGAGUCUACACGAAAAACUGUUCUGUUUUGGGUUCUUUUUUUUUGGUGUGGAAUGAUUGCACUCCUCUGUUAAUGGAAAUGGGUUCUGGAGAUAACAGUAGAUUGGGAUUCUGUCCUUGGGUCCAGUGUCUGCUUCCAUGUGUGAAAAUGAUGUGAAGGCUUGCAGUACCCUACUACAAGCCUACUACUACUCUACUCUACUUCAAAUGAAGUUCAAGGGUACAGUGCUUGAAAAUGUGUAUAUAGAGAUGAUAUCAAGUUCUCCAUGACAGCUUGAUCAAAUGUAAACUGUUGAACAUGGUUUGCAGUUGGGACUCUAUUUCACUGUAGACAUUUGAAAGCUGCUUGCUGUGUUUCUCUGGGUGAUGUGUAUUUUACACAGUUAGAAGUUGUAGUUACUGAGAGAUGGGCAAAUAAAGGAAAGCACACAUUGGUUUGGGUUUGAGCUAUUAUUUUCACAAGUCAGAGUAGGAGAUUGAAGCCCGUGCUGUUUGGCUGCCAUCUGGAAGAAAGAAAAAAAAAAAUACCUCUGAACAGAAGUGAUCUUCAGACAGUGCAGGUGCUCUUGGUAGCUGACUUUAACAAGUCUUGCUUCAGUAAGAAAUGACAAUUUGCAACUACUUUUAAGAGUCUGAAGGUUAAAUAAAAUAAUUUUGAGCUAAAGACAGAACCAAACUGUUAAGGAAUUUUUCAUUUUUAGCAGGAGAAACUGCAAGCUAAAAUCGUAGAAUCACAGAAGAGAUGGAAAAGUUGGAGAGACCUACAAAGAUGGAGUCCAACUCCUGGCUCCACACAGGACCACCCAAAAAUCAGACCCUAUCUCUGAGAGCAUUGUCCAAACACUGCUUGAACUCCGUCAGGCUCGGUGCUGUGAGCACUGCCCUGAGGAACCUGUCCCAGUGCCUGACCACCCUUGCACUGAAGAACCUUUUCCUAACACCCAACCUUGAAAGGACGCAAGACACGGACUCCUGAUGGCUCUUGAACAGGAGACCUUUACUGCCCUUUUUCACUACUACAUAUACUUUCCCGCUAGCCCCAUGCGCUGUCCAUGCACCUGAAUCUAUCAUACAAUUUGUUAGAGACAUUCAGGCAUGUGCCUGGAGCCAGCCAGCAAGUGGUCACUUCCCAAAGCUCAUCUUUAACACUUCAGCCAAUUUACUUUAUCUCAACCUUGCUCAAGUUUUUGUUUCUACCGCUUGUUUGCUCAUUACCUCUAAUUCAGGGAUGUGUGAAACAGCGCGGAGCCACCUGCAAAUUCCUUUCCCACACAGCCUGACCCUCCCUUGUUACAGCAGUAUUUCUUGCCUUAAUAAAAAAAAAUUGUGUGGCAGUGAGGAUGAGAUGAGAUGGUCCUUUCCUUGCAGUUUUAACAUAUUUCUCUAACUUGAGCCAAAUACCCUAGCUUGUUUCCUGUCAAAGGGAAUGCUUGGAGCUGUUCUCAGGAAUCUGAGAGAAACAAAUAGUGAAAGAAACUGAUGAUGGAAAGAAAUGAGAGGAUAACUAUGUUGUGUGUUUUGGAAGUAACUGCCACCCUCAAAAGAAUGUCCAAAUGCCUGUUGACUUGAACUCUCUCUCAGUUUACUGGAAAAGCAGGAUGGCUGUAGACCUUUCUUCCUGUUUUCUGCCUCACUUUGUUUUGUACCACUUCUAAACAAUCUCCUUUGAGAGCAGGUAUUAGAUGAGGCAUGAAUUAACAAUCUGUUCUGCCUUUGGAGUGAGCUCUUAGGGCACUCAGAAACUUAAAAUAUCUCAUCUCCAUGGUAAGGCUUCAUGCCCUUAGAUGUAAUCAUUCUAGAAAGACCGCUGAUGUUCUUCUGUGUGCUCCAAACAGAUCAUCUGCAAAGCAGUACCGCCCAAAAGGUUUUUAUAUUGUUAAAUUACAUUAUAUGACAAUUUGCUAUAAAAUGAGGUUUUAAAUUCCACAGUGAACUGUUUCUAAUGACACGGAGAUAAUCUGACAGCCUGCAGUAGCAAGACUGUGCAAAGGCAAACAAGCAUGUUGGUAUGAGGGGGAACCACGCUGAUGCUUUCUGAGUUAUAGAAUUGAAAGGAUGAAUGACAUAAACGACCUUGUAGAAAAAAGGUACAACUUGAAAAUGACUGCGAUUUACCACUUAACUGUGCCUGCUCUUCUAAUAGGUGGUUGAAUAUUUCUGACAAAAAUGGCAAUUUCACAAAUGUGAAACAGAAGUGAUUCUGCAUAUGAGGCUUUUGGAUUUUUUUUCACUUGUUCUUCCCCUCCUUAUCCCUUUUCCUUGUCCCUUUUACCAUGGGACAGGGAAAAAUGAAUCCUUUGUAUUUAUUUGCCUGCAGGGGUGAAUGUACAUAUAUGUGGAGAGCUUUUUCUUGUUGCUGCUCGUUUUACUGACACUUUAUUUUUGCUAAGGGAAGUAGUGAAAUACUUAAAGGUAACUCAUUUCAGCCAUGUUGAAUGUAGCGUCAUACACUUGAUUCAGUUUUGACUUUCCAGACAUUCUCUGGAAAGGGCAGAAGGAUCACUUUGUUCCUUCAGGUUGAUUCCUGCUGCUACAAAGUCACUGCUUAUUCCUGUUAACUGUUAUAUAUUCUAAAAUGGAACGACAAAUAGUUUCCUUCUCAAAGGACAGUUAACUGUUCAAGAAAUUGUUCAAGUGUAUCUAUGUAGGAAGUGUUUGGUCAGCAGGUUGUUUCAAAACUCCUGGUAAAAAAAAAAAAAAAAAAAAAAAAAAAAAAAAAAAAAAGUUGGUCUGGCUUUAAAACUUGCUAAUUGAUACAAAAAAAAAAAAAUAAAUACAUUCCCAUAAAGUUUCAGGUGUGAGGUUUAGUGUAGUUGUUUACUGCUCAUUAAGCCAAGAGUGUGUCAGAGUAACUAAGUGUGAUAAUUUUCUUUUUCAGACUUUCAAACUUGAACAUGUCCUGAGUUUCUUUAGUUUACAGUAUCUAAGUAUAGAGAAGUUACUAGUUGUAAGUGGUAACGGCGAUCUGAUUAUUUUUCCUAGCUGUGAAAAGAGAACAUAUUAAAUCUCAGUCACCUGUUAUACUUAAGGUAUGGAAACAGCUGUAUCUGUUAAGCACGUCUGCUGCUAACAAUUUCUCCUGGUUUAGGUUUACUCCUUCAUGUAAAGCAAGUGGCAGUCUGGGGUAAAUAAAGAAACCAACACUAGUAAAAUGUGGCAUGCAUCUAAGCAAGAGAUGAAAUUAUGUUGUAGAUCUUACAUUACUUACUCUUCAAUGCACUAUGACAGGCACUUCAGUGUUAGGAUUACUAUAGUGGUCUAGGGAAAACUACACGUGAGCUUUGUGUUUAGUUAAUGUACGUGUUUUGGGUUUACACGGCAAGGGAGCUGCAGGGGUGUCCUCCCUGAGCAGAGCCCAGCCGCUGCCCCAUGUCAUAGCAGAGCCAGCUGCAAAGGGUGCCUGGAGGGGGAGGCGUUUUUGGUUUGCUUUUAGUUUCUUACUGCUCUGCUCUGCUAGUGAUAGGUGAUAAAUUAUAUUAAUCUCCCUGUGCUGAGUCUGUUUUCUCUGUGAUGGUGAUUGACGAAUGAUCUCCCUGUCCUUAUCUCAACCCUGAGACCCCUUCUGUUUUAUCUGCUCCCCUUCUUCCUUUGAGGAGGGGGAAUGAGAGCAGCUAUGGGGCAGUUCAGCUGCCCAUUGAAGUGAAGCCACCACAGUCCUUCCUGGCACCAAACUGUGGACUUGAGGAGUUUAAGAUAAGGGCAAUAAUUGGGAGAGAGAGUGGGCAAAACAUGGAUUGAACAUUGUUAGAAUGUGAUAACCGUGGAGAGCGUGGUGGUGUAAUGUGGGAAAGGGAUGAAGGUGGAGCAUGUAUAAAUUGUCCACCUUUGUCAGUGUUGUGAUGAUGAUGUGUUGAUUUUUGGUGUGGGAAAUUUUCUGUUGAUGUAGAUGGAGUUUGUGAAGGUUGUGUGAUGAAUGCAAGGAAUGUCUAUUUUAAUUAUCUUCUUAAAUACGCUUUUCAAAGAGGUGAGGGGUGGAACUCCCCCAAGCAGUGAACUCUAAAGUUUGCAAAAAAGGAAUUAGUGUCAUUCCACAGAUCUCAUUUAUAGCUGAUAGUCUCGAUAUUAUGCAGCCCACCUGAUGCAUACGUGGUACCAUGGUAUACAAUUGGUAAGGGUAUAUUCCUGUGAGAGUGCCUUUAAAAGCAAGAGGAGGAUUAUCUGUGCUUAACAUAAGAGUAUAAAUAGACUCAGAAGUAAAAGACCCUGGUGGAAAGUUUAGUUGAUUAGGAAUAUAUGUACAUGACCCCAUGGGCAACGGUCUUUUGGCUGCUACUUGUUCACACGAAUCUAGCGCUAGGUGGCUGGCACAGCUUCUGGGCUCAAAGACCAAAACUCGCAGCCCUGGGACACCUUUGUCUCCCAGGUAUUACAUUGUGCUCAUGCCAUUCCAUAUUUUCCCCCUUCAGAGCUGCCACAGGCACAUGUGCACAUACACAUUGAUACACAAACUGUGUAUUUAUAUUCACACGUAAAUACAGUGUUGAAAAUAAUGUAAUACUGACUCGUUACCCCUGGACUAACAACUGAAUGUGAAACAUGGUUACCUGCAGAAGUACUCUCAGUCACUGAGUAACAGCUGUGGGAUGUGAGCACCUCUCUCAGUACGGCACGUUGGGGAAGUAUUGAGCAACUUGUGCUUUGCCGGGAUGGGACCUUCAGUCUAUCAAUUGUAAGAAAUAACAACUGCUACCCUUUGUCUCUGUUACUUUGACUUUAAUGUGAUGUACAUUACAUCUCCAGGUUUUACUUGCCUGCAAACAAAUGCCCUUUUGCGGAUGUGAUGCAAGAAAUGUUGCAGAUGGCUGAACCUUCAGAGUGGCUUUCAAUCCUGCCUCACAUGUAACAGCAGUGCUGUGUUUGAGACAAGCUAGCACUUAAUGGUUUGAGUACAGUUUUUGCUGUCCUGGGUAGCCAGUGUCAAUAAAAAUUUUCAGCAUUC